AUGCUCUCAGCAGUGGUGUGGUUUGUAGUUGCAGCGGCAUUAAAAAAUUUUUUUUUCUUCUCGCAUUCCUCGCCUCUGCAGGGAAAGAGGAUAUGUAUUUAUUUGUCGCCUCCCCCUUCUUUUUGUCAUUUUUGCUUCAGUGCAAACGACCGCGCCUCUUCUUUGUGCUUUGUCUUCUGGCCGUUUGCCUCGUCUUGCUUUUUGGCGCUGACGAAAGAAGUGAAAAGGAAAAGAAAGAACAUAAGCGAACAGGCAAACAAACAAUUGGCCAAUAAGAAAAAAAAAAAAAAAAAAAGAGAGGGAAUGCGCCACAACGUAAAUAUUUUUUUUUUGAGUGUCACCGUGACAUUAUGGAUGUGUGCGCUUCGUGCUCACGCUUUCGCCUUUGAUUUGCCAGCCAAUAAGCAACGGUGCUUUAUAGAGGAGGUUCCAAGCAGUACUGAACUGCUCAUCUCGUUUGCGGCGCUACCAGGGUAUGCACAGUUUGUGGAUGUUGUUGUGACAGGCCCUGUGGAUCAUGUAUACUAUAAGUCCACGGCACAGGAUCGUGGCAACUUUCAUGAAUUUGUCGCCGAGGGUGGUGACUUCAUGGUUUGCUUUUACUCUCGACUGGCGCAGGGUGUGAGGCAGACUGAGGGAAUGAAGCGCAGCAUUAGCGUGGAUAUUCGCGUUGGAAGCGAAAAUAAUGAUUACUCGGAGUUGGCAACAAAAGAGAAACUCCGGCCCAUUGAGGUGGAGCUACGCGUGCUGGAGGACGCGGUGCGCUCCAUCCACUCUGAGUACCUGUACUACAAGGAGAAGGAGGCGGAGAUGCGCAACGCAAAUGAGGCAAUGACGUUUAAGGUGACAUGGUUCACUGCGUUCAUCAUCUUCAUCUUUGUUGUUUUUUCUGUCUGGGAAUUACGUCACCUGAAGUCAUACUUCCGGAAGAAGCGUCUCAUUGAUUGA